GAUUACUCCACCGAGGAAGAAAGUGGCAGUAGCAGCUCGAGUGAUCACGAGAUUGACGAUGCUGAGUCAUGUGAUGACAUAAUAGAAAAUGAUGAUGGGCCAAAGAAAUCUGGUACAAAGGAAGAAAAAUUAUUACUGGGGUAGCUCAGUCAGCGUAGUGAUUGACUACAGGCUGGGAUAACCCGGUUCAAUCCCCGACAGGAGCAGAGGAAUUUUCCUCUAGCGUCUCACCCGGGCCACGAAGAAUUUAUUUUGAUUUUGUGCCCUGCGUAUAGAAUGUCUGCAGAUGAGUUCAUUUGAUGUGUAUAACAUUUCACUGUGUAUUUGCAAAAUGUGAAUGUGUGCAUUGUAUCUACCAUAUUACUUGAAAAUCUACAGAAAUUUUCUGUUCCUUUUAUUAAAAGAACAUCAUUUUUCUUGCUUCUGACAGAGUUGUAGGAUGUAAGGUUCAUGUUUAUUCUGACGCACAUUCAGUUUCUGUUUUGAGAAAUACGACGACACUCGGUUUCAGCACGUGCGAUACUAUUGGACACUAAUUUCCAUCCUGAAUUGUAGCGAAGGGUGUGAGAUUGAUAUUAAAACUAAACUUUGGGAAAUUGACUGUAAUGGGGAUGACUAGACUGCUUUUUGUUGUGAUGAACACAACCUUCAUUGCUUACUAAUUUAAUUAUUAUUUUUGGGUAAGUUUAAUGAUCUUCAAGGUGAUUAAAGAUAUAUUUCCACGCUUUAUCAUCUCAUAACUUGGAGACUUUUUAACUUAUCUUGAUUUAAUUUUGUGUUAGAGGUAGGAAGAGCAUUCACGAGUUAAAAAUGUAGAGACCAACGGUGAAUGUACCAGGAUUGUUCUAAUGUGCAUAUAUUUUCUAACUUCCUUACGUUCCUUGUAGAAGCUUGGUAAAUGUAUGAGAACUUGUAACAAAUUGCAGGCGGCUCUUGGAUUGUGUGUUGGGGUGGGAAGUUUCAGUGAUCCGUGGUCAGUUCAAGGAAUGGCUCACUUCUUAGAACACAUGGUAUUCAUGGGCAGUGAAAAGUAUCCGAAGGAAAAUGACUUUGAUGCCUUCAUUAAGAGGAGAGGCGGUUCAGACAAUGCAGGAACAGAUUGUGAGAUUACUACAUUCUACUUUGAGUGCCAGGAAAAAUAUCUGAGAGAAACUGUCGAUAAGUUUUCCCAGUUCUUCAUAUCACCAUUGAUGAAGAAGGAAGCUAUGACACGUGAAAGGGAAGCCAUUUUCUCAGAGUUCCAGAUGGCGGUGACAUCAGAUGCGAGCCGUUUGCAAGAGCUGCUUUGUUGUUUGGCGAAUUCUGGUAAUCCUGCAAGAAAGUUUUCGUGGGGCAACUUGAUAACGUUAAGAGACAAUAUAGCUGAUGAUGACCUAUACAAAGCAGUUCAUGACUUCAGGAAACGGCAUUAUUCAGCGCAUCGAAUGACGCUUGCCAUCCAGGCUCGUAUGCCCAUGGAAACAUUGGAAUCUCUGGUGUGCGAUGCUUUCUCGGCUGUCCCUAGCAAUGGUCUGCCACCAGAUGACUUUAAGGAGUUUGCUGAUUUACCUUUCAAGUUGUCAGAGUUUAAUAGGAUGUAUUGGGUGAAACCAGUUAAGGACAUGCAUCAGGUAAAGUUGAGUUGGGCAUUGCCUUCAAUGUUGCAUAUGUACCGAUCUAAGCCUGAUGAUUAUAUGUCGUCGCUAAUUGGACACGAAGGCAAGGGAUCUCUUCUUGCCUAUUUGCGGAAGAAUGUAUGGGCUCUUGAUAUAUUUUCUGGCGCUGGAAGUGAUGGGUGUGAACACAAUUCAAUGUUCACUCUCUUUUCAAUAACAAUUGUACUCACUGAUGUUGGAUUGACGCACUUGCAUGAGGUCCUGAAUGCUGUAUUUGGCUACAUAAAAAUGCUGCAGAAAGUUGGCCCUUCAGAACGGUUCUUCCGCGAACUGCAAACCAUUGAAGAAACUACCUUCCGAUUUGCUGAAGAACUCCCCGCAGUCGAAUAUGUUGAAAAUCUGGCUGAAAAUAUGCAGUUAUAUCCUCCAGAAGAUUACAUAACGGGAUCUGAACUCUAUUUUGAAUAUGAUCCAGAGGCCAUAAAGAAAUGCCUGGAUGCUUUGAAACCUGAUACUGUUAAUAUAAUGGUGUCUUCUAAAGAUUCUGGAAGGGAAUUUGAUAAAACAGAGUACUGGUUUAAGACAGAAUAUUGUGUAUGUGAUAUCCCCAAUGAUUGGCUUGAAUCAUGGUUGAGCAUAGAACCUGACCAAAGUUUCAGUUUGCCAGAACCCAACAUUUUCUUAACGUCGGACUUCAGUCUUCUACCGUUCCCUGACCAACAAGACGACAACAAAAAGUAUCCAGUUAAGGUGCAAGAUGAUGAAUUCUCUGAAGUUUGGUAUCGCCGUGACUGCAAGUUCAAGCUGCCUCAGGCAUUCUUUUAUUUCUACUUGAUUUCGCCUCUUCCACUCACCUCACCACAAGAUGCAGCGAUGCUAAAUAUGUAUGUGGAAAUCCUGAAGCAGCUUUUGGUGGAAGAACUCUACCCAGCCGAUGUUGCGGAUCUCAGUUGGUCCAUAACUCCUGGUGACAAGGGCAUUGUACUGAAGUUCAGUGGAUUUAAUCAAAAGUUACCUUUGCUGUUGGAAGCUGUGGUUAAUUACAUGGCAGAAUUUGAGAGCAGCUUGACACCUAGCCUGUUCGAAGCACUGAAGGAAGUUCAGCGUAGAUAUUUUUACAACAGCUGCCUGAAGCCUGAGAAACUUGAAAAGGACUUGCGAUUCUCAGUACUUCUUCAUGUUCACUGGAACGCACUUCAGAAGCAUGCUGCCAUGUCUAAGAUCGCUGUCACCGAAUUAAAGGCAUUUGCAAGGCAUUUUGUGGAACGUUUGUACGUACAAAGCCUAGUGCAAGGUAACAUUAGUGAACGGCAAGCAGUUGAUGCCUGUGAGAGGAUUGUGGGUAUUCUGAAAUGUGCCCCUCUUCUGCCCAACACACAUCCACAAAUUCGAGUGACGCAAAUCCCACUUGGCGAACAUUGCUGCCGUGUGAAGUCUUUCAACUCGCGAGAUCCCAAUAGUACUGUAACUAACUAUUACCAGUCUGGACCUAUUACUAUCAAGAAUUUAUGUAUUCUAGAUCUUCUUAUGAUGCUAAUGGAAGAACCGGUGUUUGAUAUACUUCGAACGAAGGAACAGCUAGGCUAUCAUGUGUAUUCCUGUCCAAGACACACAUUUGGCAUUCUUGGUUUUUCUGUCACUGUGAACUGCCAAGCUGGAAAGAACAGUGUGGAACAUGUCGAUGCCCGUAUCGAAGCCUUCCUCAAAACAUUUUCAAAGACGCUCAAGAAAAUACGAGGGAAGGAACUGGAGGAAGCACGCAGCUCUCUAAUCAAACUGAAACAGUUAUCGGACGUCUGCUUGAAGGAGGAAGUCUCCCGGAACUGGGAUCAAAUAACGUCCGGUAACUACAUGUUUGACCAGCGGGAGAGAGAGGUUUCUUGCGUAGAAGAUAUUAAAAUGCCAGAGAUAAAGAAGUGGUACAGUGACCACGUGUUAUGUGGCACUAAGACUAACUUGCGGAAACUGUCAAUUCAGGUUGUCGGUUCAGCUGGCACAAGUAAGACGCAAGAACAUGAGCUGCCUCUGCAUACUAGAGUUAAUAAACCCAGUAUAAAUCACCAGCCACUGCAGCCAAAUGAGAUGCAGAAAUGGCCUUCUGGUCAGUGCGAUUUUCCAUCAGAGCUGCCUCUCCAGUUUAUUGCUGAAGAAUAUAGAAAUGGCCAGCCAAAUGAAUACUUCAUCACUGACAUUGAAGACUUCAAGAAUGGUCUUUUUGUUUAUCCUGUACACAGAAUUUGUGAAUAGAUGAAAAACACAGCCAUGG